AUGGCUAUGACUAUCCCAGCGCAACAAUCAGACAGUGAUUCGUUAUACUUCAAAGAUUCUGUAUCCUGGAAACCUCCCUAUUUUAUUCGGCCUUUCGUCUCAACAACAGCAACUACAAAUGCCGAAUCUUCGAGGGAAAGUAGCACCAUUCAGAGCUUCCACUCAACAGCAGAUAAACUGUCUGUUCUAUCCAUGGAUCUUGGGGCUGCAGAAUGCCAGCCAUCGUCAAUCAACGAAUCCACUGCUAGCUCUGCAACAAGUCCGUGCUCACAUUCAUCGGACGCUGAUUGGGCAAUUCCUGUGGUAUAUACGGAAACGGUGGAGGCAGAUAGGAGUUCAUUGAAUCUGGCACUAAAAAGGACUACUGAAUCUACCGAAACCGCUGAUUUUUUUGAGGAGUUUGAAGAGUUGACGACUACUUCCUCUAAUGGCAUUGAAAUUUCACAAAACGAGUUAGACGUACCGUAUCGAAAGGAGAGGGACAUACUGCAAUUCCGAAAGUGGAUAAAAUCGUUCCGCCGAAAAGAAACAAACCGCCGAAAAAGCGUAUAUUCGUCAAUCGAGGGCGCUUCUGCACUCAUUGACGGCGAUGCAGUUUCUUCUAUGCCUUCCUCAAAAGCGGAUACAAAAACACCCUCUUCAUCAAUGAGGUUUGUUACUGCUGUAAAGACGGCAUCAAAUACAUUUGCCUCUCUUUCUAUCGCAGGUGGAUCCACCAGAAGAAAGUCUAGUGGCGGCACACUAGAUGAUGCCACUGUAACAAGAAUGAGGGAUCGCAGAUGCGCACUUGAAGAAUUGAUAAAUACAGAAGAGUAUUACAUCGCAGAUUUAAAGGUUUUGAUGAAUCUCUAUUUCUCUGUGCUCAAUGAUUGCGAUUGCAUAUCCGCAGAUGUUAAGGACGCCAUCAAACGCAACGUUGCCGAAAUACUUGAUCUCCAUGAGAGCUUGUUGUCGGAAAUCUUUCGCAUGCUCCCUGCUGCGUCACACCAAAUUCAGAAUUAUAAAGGGAAGUUUCUUGAUAUCAGCCCGCAAGUAGGUGAAUUGGAGAGGACACACAUUUUGUCAAACCCAGAGGCAGCCGCUAAAGUGGCAGAAGUGUUCGAUAAAAUGAUGAGAGGGUUCUUUGUCUACGAAGAGUACUCGGCCAAAUACGAACUCGUGUGCCAAGAUCUAAGCCAAUUUCGCGGUCAAUCAUGGAAUUCAUGGGAGAAAGGAUGCGAGAUGCUGGCUGGAGCAAUAAACUCGCCAGACAAUCAACGGGAGUAUGGGAAGCGUGCUCUGACAUUAGAUGAUAUGCUUGUUAAGCCCAUACAAAGGAUAUGCAAGUAUCCUCUGUUUUUUGCGGAGAUAGUGAAAUAUACGCCAGCAAUGGACUGCCCCCAAACAAAUAGACUACUUGAAAAGGUUCGUUAUCGACUGGAAGAGACGGCAUACCAGAUUAACACAGCAAAACGCGAGGCACCAAGAACACGAGAGAGGAUAGAGAAGACAUGGUUGUUACAGGAUCGAAUAGACUUUCAGGAAAAGUCCUACCUUUUGUUGGCGACAGUUUCAAAGGCAGAUAACAGGUAUAGCGUGAAGUUCGCUAUAACUUUGGCUACCGCCCGUAUUGAGGAGGUGAAUCAGGGCCGAGGGUUGACUUGUCAUUCUGCGCUUUUCUCAUGGAAAAUCAUAUUCGAGGCAGGACAUCGAAUUUACGAAAUAUUAGUCAGUGCUUGUUCAGCGAAAGAGGAGGAGGUAUGGAGAACUCAGAUAUUGGACAGAGCGACAGCUGAAAGCAGAGACUACCAAGAGUACAGCUCAACGAACUUUGAUCUUUUUGGUUCAAUGAAUUCCGAUGUGAAGCCGAUCGGAACUGUCUUUGGCCGCCCUGGAACUUUGGUCAGGCACCAAUCUCUUCAUCGUUCGGGAAGCGAUCCAAAAUCAGAUGUCGCCAAUGUUAUCAUCAAAAAUACUCAUGCUCUCUCCGAAGUCAUUUGUUCGCAGUCAAACGCCCCUAGCAUCAAUAGAAGUCUUUCUGUUUUGAGCAUCAAUCGAGUGCCAAUUUUUUCACCCAAGCGCUCUGAUAGGAAUAGCAUUGAGGCAAAGCUAGCAGAUGUUUGGACAAAGGAUAUGCUAUCCUUUGGAUCGAUGGGCCCCGGAACUCGAAAAAGAGCGGACACAAGCAACCUUAUGAAAAGGUUGUCUGUGGUUAGCUUGGUAUCAACAGUUGCAAGGAAAUCUAUGCACAGUUUACAGAGCUAUGGGAGUCAGUCAGAGGCCUCGUCAAUCCAAUCAUGUGAAUCUGGGGAUGGUGAUGAUUUUAAUGCUAUUGGGAAAAGGAUGGCAGGCAGCUCAGUGAAAUCUAAGCAACCACCAAAAAAUGUUCCGAACAUUGUCCCAAUGAAAAGGGCAUUCUCGUUUUCAGCCACAGGAAGGAAAAACAGCAAUGAUUGGAAAAAUACUUGGCGUAAGAGUGCCUCUUCUUCUAAGGAUGAUAAACGGCGGCUCCCGAUGACGCAAGAGGAUGUGAGUGUUACUUAUGAGACAGCCCCCAAAAUUCUUGCACCGAUGGCCAACAAUCCAACAACAGAUUCGGAAUUUGGGCUGUCAAGGGAGUGUUUAAAAGAUAUCUCGAGCACUGCUCUUAAUGAUGUCACAAUCCCGCCGCCACCUCCACUAAACUCCUUGAAAAUACAGAGGAAAAAAAGGAGUAACGCCCCAAGACCCAAUUUGAAAGGGGCUUUUCAGAGGAGAUUUUUUAGCAGAAGCACUGCACGAUAG